GCUCUAAUGUGUGGUCACACACACUCACUGUUGUGGAAGCAACGCAUACAAGCUGGUGAACACAAGAGGAGACAUUCUGAGAGAAAUCGUCCCCAGUAUAAACGUAGUGGUCCAAAGCAAGACAUUCUUCGCGGCUCUUCGCUGGAUUCUUUUUCUUGAAAUAGAACAAAGAGGCCGCGGGCAGAGACCAGUGUUGGGUGCUGGGAAGACCUGCUGGGAAGACCUGCUGGGGCCUUGUUCAACAGCAUGUCCAGCUAGUUACCAGCUUCUUGGUGAAUGUUUUAAAGGGAUAGGCGGUGACCAUGCGCUGUCUGGCUGCGCGGGUGAACUACAAGACCCUCAUCGUCAUCUGCGCCCUCUUCACCCUCAUCACCUUGCUGCUGUGGAACCGCUGCUCCAGCGACGUGCCGCUGCGCUUCCUGCCCCGCUCUCCCCCCGUCGCACCCAGCGCCAAGGCGGGCGAUGCCAGCAUCACCAGCCAGCAGCAGCAGCAGCAGCAGCAGCCCCCCCAGUUGCCGGAGCCCCUGCCGGUCGCGGGCGGGUGGGUCAAUUACGAGGAGAUCGACUGCCUGGUCAACGACGACGUGACCAUCAAGGGGCGUCGGGAGGGCGGCGAGGUCUACCUGCCCUUCAGCUGGAUGGAGAAGUACUUUGAUGUGUACGGCAAGGUGGUGCAGCACGACGGGUACGACCGCUUCGAGUUCCAGCACAGCUACUCCAAGGUGUACGCCCAGCGCGAACCCUACCACCCCGAUGGCGUCUUCAUGUCCUUCGAGGGCUACAACGUGGAAGUCCGCGACCGCGUCAAGUGCAUCAGCGGCGUAGAAGGCGUGCCCCUCUCCACCCAGUGGGGUCCCCAGGGCUACUUUUAUGCCAUCCAGAUCGCCCAGUACGGCCUCAGCCACUACAGCAAGAACCUGACGGAGCACCCGCCCCGUGUGGAGGUGUACGACACGGCGGAGGACGAGGACGAGCAGCGCCGGGACGGCCGGGCGUCCGCCAGCGCCCCCUGGACUGUGGCCAAGGGCUGCAGCCUGAGCCGCGUGCACGACAAGGCACGCACUACCGCCGUCAGACAGUUCAGCGCCCCCGAUGCCUCUGAGGGAGUGUCUCUAGCGUUGGGCAACUCCAAGGACUUCAUCCUCAGCCUGGACCUCAAGUUCACCUCCAACGGAAGCUUCUCCGUGGUGCUGGAGACCACCGAGAAGGGCCCCCCCUUCGUCAUCCACUACGUCACCAACACGCAGCUCAUUGCCUUCAAGGACCGCGACAUCACCUACGAUAUCGGGGCGCGCACCACCUGGUCCACGCUGACCCGGGACCUGGUCACAGACCUCCGGAAGGGAGUAGGGCUGUCCAACACCAAGGUCGUCAAGGCCACCAAGAUCAUGCCAAGGCGCGUGGUGCGCCUGGUGCUCCAUGGGCGUGGCUUCGUCGACAACGUCACCAUCUCCACCACCGCCCACACGGCCGCCUUUUUCGCCGCCAGCGAUUGGCUGGUGCGCAACCAGGACGAGCGCGGCGGCUGGCCCAUCAUGGUGACGCGCAAGCUGGGCGAGGGCUUCCGCCCGCUGGAGCCCGGCUGGUACUCGGCCAUGGCGCAGGGACAGGCCAUGUCCACCCUGGUGCGGGCCUACCUGCUGACCCGGGACCAGGCCUACAUGGCGGCCGCCCUGAGGGCCACGGGGCCCUACAAGACGGCGUCGGCGCAGCACGGCGUCAAGGCGGUGUUCAUGAACAAGUACGACUGGUACGAGGAGUACCCCACCACGCCCAGCUCCUUUGUGCUCAACGGCUUCAUCUUCUCCCUGCUGGGCCUCUACGACCUGUCGGAGACGGCGGACGAGAAGCAAGGCCGGGAGGCGGGCCUGCUGUUCAGCCGCGGCAUGGAGUCCCUGAAGGCCAUGCUGCCGCUGUAUGACACGGGCUCGGGCAGCAUCUACGACCUGCGGCACUUCAUCCUGGGCACGGCGCCCAACCUGGCGCGCUGGGACUACCACACCACGCACAUCAACCAGCUGCAACUGCUGGCUUCUAUAGACAACGCUGCCAUCUUUAAGGACGUGGUGAAGCGCUGGAAGAGCUACCUGAAGGGCGGCCGAGCCAAGCACAAUUAGCCGGGACUAUUCAUGACAUUGAUACGCAUUACGUGAGGAGUAGCUCUGUGUGGGUCGAGUGAGUUGGUAGGUGUGUGUUUGCGAGUGUGUGUGUGUGUGCUCGCGAGUGUUUGCGUGUGGAUGUUUUGGUAAAGGCGAAAUUAGCUCAGGGGGGCUUGUUAAAUGGAAGCCCUCACAUUUCUGAUGAGCUCUUUUGCAGUCUUUGUUUUUAUAUUUAGUGCAACAUAAAUGUAGCUCUCAUCUCUCUUCAACUAAUGUUUGGAUUUAUGUACAGGCCUAGUUUCUGAGUGCUUGUUUGUCUACGGUGUGUGCAGGCGGUUGGGUGUGUACGUGUGUUUGAUCUGAAAGCAACAAUUUGUGAUGCUAAAGAAAAAGUAAAAUAGUUUUCUCGUUUGUUAAUUUAUUCACCCAUCAUUCUUUCAUGUCACCCAUCAUUCUUUCAUAUCACCAUUGCAGGUCUCCUUUUUAGUUUUUGUUGACUUCAUACCAGAUUUGCAUAGUUUAUAGAAAGCUUUCAUCUUCAAUAAUUUAUAUAUUUGGGGGCGAUACUUGGCAUAAGAAGAGGUUCAAUCAGAUCCAUAUUCAGUGUUUAUUAAGUUGGGUUAUUGUUCAAUUGUUUCUGUUUCUUUCUCCACACUAGAAGAUGGUUUACUUGAACUCCAGAACACACAGGGAACUUGACAUGAUAUUGGAGGGUUUUAAGUAAAGGAGCUUUUUUCCGGAUGCACUCACUGGAAAUAAAAUGGGUGAUCUCCUAAACAAGCUGUCUAAUGGUGCUUCUCAGACCAAUAUAUUGCCAUUGAAAUCUGGAGGGAAAACUUUGCUCCUUAAAUAAAAUAGUCUUCCCUUCUGUGGUCGGCACAUUCUUGUGCAUUGUUCAUGUGAUAGGUUCCUUCUUUCGUUCAGAUUCACCCAACUGAUAAUGACUAUAAUGCAUUGAAGUAUAAAUAGGACAACGUUUCAAAGCGAACCCUGCCUUGUAAUCCUCCAGUUAACACACUUCCAUCCACCGUGCGUUCAGCUGUGUCAGGUCAUUUUCCAAUCUGCCCACCCCUGUUUUGAUUCGAGUGCUUGCCUACUAGUGCUCCCUUGGCUCCCCUACUCACCUGACCGCAAUCGCCCGCCCGUAGUUCAGCUCUUGUUGAUUGCUCUGAGAGUGGAAAGGCCCGACUUUCCGCUGGGGCCGCAGAAGCCAGCGGGCAGCCCCCGCUCUUGUCCCUCCCACUAAUGCCCGACCGCAACAUAAGUGAACCCGUUAUCGCUCCCCGGUGGUAUGUGGCGUCCCUCUUUGCACGGCUGAGGCAAUCAGGUGCUAGGAUGCGAUUGGUCAGUCUGCUUUAAAAGGAAGGCAGCAGUCAAGCUGCUUGCCAGCUUGGCUCAAGUCAUAUAUGCAUUUCUUUGAUUACAAAUUUGUAUGUAGGCAUUUUUGGAUCAUUGGUAGCAUUGGAGGUGUUCACUUAUGUAGAUUUUAUGUAGAUUUUAAUAUGAUCAACUGUGCCUCCUGAUCUCAGUUUACUAUUUACUAAAGAAUUCCCGAUAAUUCCAAAAAAUAUAAAGAUGGGUCUUUCUUUCACCCCCAUACCACUCUCCCCAGACAGCCUGUCACUCGUCCCUGUCUUUACACCCUGGCUGUUUGCAGGAGUGAUCGACAGGUGAAUGCAGGGGUAUGCUUGGCUGCACAAACAUACACAUACAUACGCAUAAAUACACACACCAUAUCCAGUCAGCGACGGGAUGCACCUCCCUCUCCAAAAAACAAGGCCAAACUGCCAACUGGCCGAAUAAAGCAACGAUUCUGGUUUCCAUGGUCAUUUCAUUUUAGAGUUUGCUGAGUUUUUUUUAGUUUUUUUUUGCAUUUCACGGCGAGGUACAAUGCAUGGUGUAAACUAUGAUGAGCCUCAAAUAAUCUUAACGCAAAAAAAAAGUUUUGAAAGAGAAGAGAUGUGACUCAAACUCCUAAACUUGGAGCAUAUUUUUGACCUCUGCUGCCUCUGCCUUCAUCUUCUUGCUAUCUGAUAUAAAUCCUUUUACGUAUAAGCACGCCUUUAGACUGCUAAUGACUGGAGUUGACAUUCAGCCGCAAAGGUUAUAGUUGGAAACUAUGAAAAUGUUAUCCUGGAAAUGAGCCUGCAAAAAGGAUCACGUAAUCGGCAUGUGGGUUUUGUCUUCUGUCUGGUUCAUUUUAUCCUGGUUGGCAUCCUCAAACAAUAGCCUGACUCUUUGGAAGCCAUUUUGACAGGAUACUGAACAGAAAUGGUUAGUUAAAAAAAUUACAAAUUUGGAAAGGUUUCGACAUGGGUGUGAAUCCUGAUUUUGUGUUCAAAACCAAAGCAUUUUUUUUACUUAAGUUGACUGUAUAAUUUCUGUUAAAACCUAUUAGCGUUUGAAUUCUUGAAAAAUGCUGUAGAAUGCUGACAUUAAAAUGUCUUUUAAAUGUGUCUAAGAGGGGAUGUGUGCAAAACAUGUUUAGAGCAUCAAAUAGCCUCAAUUUUCAGUGGUAGAUGAAUGGUAUAAUACAUUUGCAGAAAUGUACAACCUUUCGCUUGACAUACAACAGCACAACUAUGUAUUGUCUCAUCAAGUUAGUUAGCAAUAUUAUUUCUAUUCUAGCAUUUUCUUCCUUUCAGGAAACCAUAUACAAACCAUUAUUUGUUUAAAAUAAUGUGUUAUUUGUUUUUGUUUAGAAAGCUGCUAUUUUCACCAACUAUCCAGUCCUAUCCUUAUAUAUCUAUUAUUCCUGCUCCCGAAAAAAGACUCACGGGCAUACGACAAGAUGUGGUCGUGUGAUUUAUGCAAUAAAAUGUUUGCUGGGGGUCGUUGCACCACGGGGUGCCCUAGAGAGAGAAAGAGAGAGGGAGAGCGGUUGUACAGAGCUGUCUAUCUAAGCACAAUGUGCACAUGCUACCAUUUUUGUAUUCAAAGGUAAAAGAUGUGUUUAUAGAACUAUUUGUGCUUUAAUGAAAAAUGCCUUUUGACGUUAAUAAAAGCAUUUUCUUAUGAGUAUU